AACAGCACGGAUAUUUUGGUGUCAUUGCGCUGCUACACUCACCAGUUACUCCUCGUGGGACUGAAAACAAGCAGAGGUCGGUUGCAAAACCAGUCGGGCUGAGAGGCGGUGUGAUCUCUGACAUGAUACCACACUGCUGAGAAGUGGUGAAACAUGUCGUGCAGCGGGGUCAAGUCCUUUCUGGGGAGCCUGUCUCGGAGGAAGCCCCUUGAGCCCGAUGGGGAGCAGUCCACGUUUAACCGGUGCCUGACCACGCUGGACCUGGUGGCCCUCGGCGUGGGCAGCACCCUGGGAGCCGGCGUCUACGUCCUCUCUGGAGAGGUGGCCAGGGACACUUCGGGGCCCAGCAUCAUCGUUUCCUUCUUCAUCGCCGCCCUGGCCUCUAUAUUUGCCGGGCUGUGCUAUGCAGAGUUCGGGUCCCGGGUUCCAAAAACAGGCUCGGCGUACCUUUACAGCUACGUGACCAUUGGAGAACUUCUGGCUUUUAUCACCGGAUGGAACCUGCUGCUCUCCUACGUCAUAGGAACAUCCAGUGUGGCCCUGGCAUGGAGUGGGACAUUUGAUGACCUAAUUGGAGGUGUCAUAUCAAAAUUCUUUGAAGAAAAUGCGGCCAUGGGCCUUCCCGGCCUCGCACCGUACCCAGAUGUCUUCGCGGCUUUUCUCAUCCUGCUGCUGUCAGGUGUGCUGGCUUUCGGAGUGAAAGAGUCAACAAACAUCAACAAGGUCUUCACCGCGGUCAACAUCCUGGUGCUGGUGUUCGUGGUCAUCUCCGGGUUCAUCAAGGGAAACAUCUCCAACUGGCAAAUCAGCGAGGAGGUCCUGAUAAACGCCACAGCGAACGCGGGAAACUUGAGCUCCACUGCUAAUGUAACAAGUGUGUAUGGCGUGGGUGGAUUUUUUCCUUACGGCUUCGGUGGAACCCUGGCUGGAGCUGCGACGUGCUUUUAUGCAUUUGUCGGAUUCGACUGCAUCGCCACAACAGGCGAGGAGGUGAAGAACCCCCAGAAGUCGGUGCCUCUGGGCAUUGUGGCCUCGCUGCUCAUCUGCUUCCUGGCCUACUUUGCUGUGUCCGCUGCCCUCACCCUGAUGAUGCCCUACUACUUGCUCAGUGAAAAAAGCCCCCUGCCAGUGGCCUUUGAGUACGUGGGCUGGGGUCCCGCCAAAUACGCCGUGGCUGUGGGAUCGCUAUGUGCCCUGUCCACCAGCCUGCUAGGCUCCAUGUUCCCGAUGCCUCGGGUUCUGUUUGCCAUGGCGAGAGAUGGGCUUCUCUUCCAACCCUUGACCAAAGUCACCGCUAAGGGCAGUCCUGCUGUAGCUACCAUAUCAUCUGGAGUUGUGGCAGCUAUCAUGGCUCUACUGUUCGAUCUGGAAGCCCUGGUGGAAAUGAUGUCCAUCGGCACCCUCUUUGCUUACACGCUGGUGGCCAUCUGCAUCCUAAUACUGAGGUACCAGACAGGUCCUUCCGAAUGCUCAGACCUGCAGAUCAUAGAAUCAAACACCAGAUUCGGCUUCUUGAAGCCCCCGUCUUCUCCCACCCCCGCCACCUCACGAACAGUCACAAUCUUGAUUGUAGUGUCUGUUGCGUGUGUUGUUGCACUGUGCGUCAUCCUGUCUCAGGCCAUAGGUGCUCUGGCCAGCGCCGAAGCAUGGUGCGUGGUCCUUGUAUGCAUCCUCGGCUUAGUCAUCCUGCUCAACACUUUCCUCAUCUGGAGGCACCCGCAGAACCCCACCAAAGCAACGUUUAUGGUGCCUUUACUCCCUGCUCUGCCUUUGGUGAGCACAUUCAUCAACGUCUACUUGAUGGUGCAGUUAGGAGGAGACACAUGGUUACGAUACGCCAUCUGGAUGUUAGUCGGGUUACUCAUCUACUUUGGCUACGGGAUCCGGAACAGCGUUCAGAAGAAGCGUCAAAAGGGCAAGCACGCGACGGUUGAAACAGUCACCAGCCAAACAGAGAAGGACGCGGUUAAAGAGGAGAAGUUCUGAGCUCAGGUGGAGCGAGGACAGAGAAAACUGAGAUGUUACAGUGAGUAAGCGCUUUGAAUGUGGAUCUACAGUUUUACACACACACACACCAGUGCCGGUCUGGUUCUGCAGUGUUUCAGUGCCUGAGAGCGUCAAACCCCCACAUAUGUAUGAUAUAUAUUUUUACUUUUAUUCCACACUGACACUUUAUGUAAUCCUUCAUGGAAUUUUUUUUGUUGUUGUUGUUUGUUUGUUUGAAGCAUAUUUGGACUUGUGAUGUUUAAGAACUGGGAAUCAUAAUAUGUGAGCUACAAAUUAGGGAGCCCACAUUUGAAAAUGUAAACCUCACCCCAAGCUUAUUUUCACGUACUUAUUAUUAAUCAUGUGUGUAUCACCAUCAGUGUCGUGUGCUGGAGUUUCCAAACCUGAUAUUUAACUAGCCCCCACAGAAAAAAAGUGUAGAUAAUUAAUAUGUUAUUGCAUUGAGCACGUUUACACUUUUAAAAUGUAAAAUUCCAUCUCACUUGUGUUAAUGAUUAUAAAUCUUAUUUUUGUGAGAGGCAUGUAGAUACCGGAAGCCUUUUGUGGAAUGUGAUAUUUUAUUUGUUUAAACUUUAAACAGACUGUGUUGAUGAGUGUAAAUAUGGAAACUGUAAAUGUUUGCAAAUUACGUAUGUGUAAAUUAAUAAAAAAAGGAAUAAUCCUGUUUUUCACACGA